AUGGACACAUCUGUUAAUCAAUAUUAUAAGAUUUCUAUGGUAUCUUCAAACGAGAAUCCGACCCAGCCCGCACUGUUCCUGCACGGGGAGAGUCCUGUGUGGGACGCGGACACACAAUCAUUGUACUUUGUCGACGUUCACGCACAGAAUAUACACAAACUUAAUUACAUCACUGGUAAAAUAUCCACUAAACAUAUUGGUAAGUGUUACGGUCAAGUCAAUGUGAUAUCACUAAUAUCGGGCUCCAAGAGGCUGCUGGUGUCAGUCCGCGCGGCGCUGUACCUAAUGGACUGGACAGUAUCUGGGGAUGCGUCGCUUCGGCUGCUCACCUCGAUGGACGAGGGCGAGCCCGACAACAUGAUCAAUGACGGCAAACCUGACGUUGAAGGACGCUUCUGGGUUGGUACAAAGGGCCCUCAGACCGGUGACGAGGUGACCCCCGACCGCGGCACGUUGUACAGCGUGCAGCAAGACACACGAGCACACAUCCGCACCGCGCUGCGCCCCGUCUCCGUCUCCAACGGCAUCGCCUUCGCACUCAAUAAUUCCCUCCUUUACUACGUAGACUCCCCAACACAGAAGAUAGAAGCCUUCGACUUUGACUCGCAGAAGGGAGAAAUCAGCGGGCGGCGCACGAUCAUCGACGUGACGUCAUACGGGUACGAUGACGCGAUCCCUGACGGCAUGACCAUCGACAGUAAGGGACAUCUUUGGGUCGCGUUGAUGUUUGGCGGCGCAGUGCUGCACAUAGACCCGGACAAGCGCGAGGUGGUGUACGGUUACAAGUUGCCUGUGAGCCGGACCACCUCCGUGUGCUGGGGGGGACCUGACAUGGACGAGCUGUUCGUGACGACCGGCCGCGACGCCGCCGCAGCGGAGCCACUUGCCGGGGCACUGUUCACUAUCCGCUCUACCGGCAGUCGAGGUGUACCUAUACCUGCUUUCAGAUUCGAUAACGCUGAUUCUUAUUAAAAUCGAUUAUAAAAAUAUUUUUUUGUAGUUAAUUGAAAUAGAUUGUGACAAUCGAUUUGUUUGAGGAAUUGA